GAAGAAGGCAUGUUGUGGAGGAACUGCUACUUUUUUUUUUUUAAGCUUUUGCAGCCAUUUCACAGUCCACUUUCACUGCGGCUUUCUCUCCUUUUUGUCUCCCCGGUCAUCUCAGCCCUCCAUGCACUCAAUUAACGGCCCAGAUUCUUGAUCCCUUUUAGGGCUUCUCGCCGCCAAUGAACUCGCCGGAAGACGUCUCCGACCACCGGAGCUACAGCCCCAGUGCCGACGUCAGCGAGUCCGAGACCUCCGUUGCCUCCUCCUCCUCCUCCUUUCAUCCCUUCUUCCCUGCCUCUUCUCCGAAUGCCGCCUCCGCUUCGACGAUGAUCCCUGAUGGCGAUUCUCUCUUCUGGGAAUCCACUCCUGAGAAGAGGAAUGCUGAUUUCUCCGCUUCCGGUAUGGAGAUGAUGAAGGAGCGAUUUGCUAAGCUUUUGCUCGGCGAGGACAUGUCUGGUGGAGGGAAGGGCGUAUCCACAGCGCUUGCUAUUUCCAAUGCCAUCACGAAUCUCUCAGCUACUGUGUUUGGUGAAUUAUGGAGGUUGGAGCCACUGGCUCCACUAAAGAAAUCAAUGUGGUUUAGAGAAAUUGAAUGGUUGCUUUGUGUGAGUGACUACAUUGUGGAGCUUACCCCUUCUUUGCAAGAGGUUCCCGGGGGUGGGAGCUAUGAGGUGAUGGUCCCUCGGCCUCGGUCUGAUCUCUAUAUGAAUCUUCCGGCACUCAAGAAGCUUGAUGCGAUGCUUCUUGCUAUGCUGGAUGGGUUCCGGGACACGGAGUUUUGGUAUGUGAAUAGGGGGAUUAUGGCUGCUGAUGAUGAAGAUGAUAGUGGUGAUACUUACCAGUCUUCAUCGUUCGGGAGACCUUCUUUGAGGCAGGAGGAGAAAUGGUGGCUACCGUGUCCGAAAAUCCCUCCAAAAGGUUUGUCUGCAGGUGCAAGAAAGAGGUUGCAGCAAUGUAGGGACUGUGCAAAUCAAAUUCUCAAGGCCGCCAUGGCGAUAAAUAGUGGGGUGCUUGCAGAUAUGGAGAUACCCGAUGUUUAUUUCGAAACAUUACCAAAGACUGGAAAGUCCUGUUUGGGUGAGGCUAUCCACCGCAAUAUAACUGCUGAGCAAUUUUCUCCAGAAUGUCUCCUUGAUAGCUUAGACUUGUCAUCCGAGCACCAUGCUGUGGAAAUAGCAAAUAGAAUUGAAGCAGCUUUACAUGUCUGGAAAUCUAAAGAAUGGAGAAGGCAUUCCCACAAAUCAAAAGCAAAGAAGUCAUCAUGGAGCAGAAAGGUCAAAAGUCUUGUGAACCUCAAGGAAAGAAAUCAAUUCCUGGCACAACAUGCCGAGUGUCUCUUGCAAUGCUUAAAGCUCCGUCAUCCUGGUCUCCCACAAUCUGCAUUGGAUAUGAACAAGAUACAAUACAAUAAGGAUGUAGGGCAGUCCAUCCUCGAGAGCUAUUCGAGGGUUCUUGAGAGUUUGGCUUUUAACAUAAUGGCAAGAAUUGAUGACUUGAUUUUCGUGGAUGAUGCAACAAAAAAGUGUGCAGCUCCAGAAACAUUGUCAUUGUUUAACCCAGGAGGGCUUGGAGGACUUCCCAUUCAGAAAAGGAUAUCACCAAGCCCUUUCUCCCUCAAUAAGAGCCCUCACACAUCGUCACCUUUUGCAACACCGACACACACAUUUUGUUCGUCCACCCUCAGCAGCAGCCCCAGAAGAGCACAAUCCUCCCCGUGCCUGGGACAGCAAGAUCUAAAACUGGGAAAACUCAUCUCCGGCGAUCAGGAGAUGGCUUGGUCAUACACUGGGAACUUGACUUCCGGAAAAGACGCAGGAGAUGUUUCAGAAAGGGACCGGGUUUAGGUCACAUUGAAUUAGGAUAGGACAAUGUAAAUUCUCUAAGCCAUAGAACAGAUUUACUUCUAAUUCUGAUUUAAUCAGGGAUGAGUUGCAUUUGAGGAUUAUAUAUAUGACCACAUCUACUGCUGUCAGUCAGUCACUGAUUUCUUUCCAAGGAAAACUUAAAACCUGUAGUCUCUCAUUUGAGAAAUUUUCAGUUUGAAGUAUAUAUUUAUGUUCU